AUGACGGUGUUUCCGGUCUGUGUUUUUCUUUGUAAAAACAAGAAGCCAAAACACAAAUCUCUUCAUUGUUACAGUUAAAAUCUAUGUCACCGGAUAUUGUACCAACAACCGUGUAACUCGAGCAUUGGACGAGUGAGCGACGUCGCUUCUCCUGACUCUUCUCCGUCCAGCUCUUCACGGCAUGUCAACAAACUAUCAGCUAACAGCUAGCUAAGCUAACGCCAAGCCAAAUCGUUCAGACAGCAGCUGGUUAGCUUAGCUCCAGUUGACACUUUGCUAAGUGUCUCUCGGCCUCGGAAAGAAGCGGACCCUCUCAUGGUGGCCUCAGUUCAAUGGGGAACUGUCUGUUUUCGCAAGGUGCGGAUGACCUGUCGCUGCUGAACGAGUCCGAGGGAGGCAGUCUGCCCGGAGAGCCUCCGCCGCCCUACCAGGAGCGCACCCAACCAGUGCCGGUAUACCAUCCCACCCCAGGUGAGAGUCGUUUGGCCAGCCAGCUGACUGAGGAGGAGCAAAUCCGCAUUGCCCAGCGCAUCGGUCUCAUCCACCACCUGCCCAGAGGCAUCUUCGACCCGGGCUCCGACCCCUCUGACAAGAAAGUUAAAGAGUGUGUGAUCUGCAUGAUGGAUUUUGAGUACGGCGAUCCCAUUCGGUUCUUGCCUUGUCUUCACAUCUACCAUGUGGAUUGCAUUGACCCCUGGUUGAUGCGCUCCUUCACCUGCCCCUCCUGCAUGGAGCCGGUAGAUGCAGCCUUGCUGUCCACCUACGAAACCAACUGAGCAGCCCCAGGUGGUGGCUCCUGCCUAAAAGUUAAUGCACCUUUUUUUAACCAAAUCUGUCCUAGCUGUUCAGACAGGUAGCCAAGAUGAUGUGGCAUCAUGCAGACGUGUUGAGGGUGUUUUAGGGUGCAGUCACAUUUUGAAAACUGUGUCCUACAGUACAUUGCUUAGGUCUGACUAUUUGCCUUUAAAAGUAGGACAGUGUGCCAAAUCAAGCUAGAUGAAGAAUACGAAAAGCUGAACAAGUAGCAAAAUAUUACUGCAAAGUAAUUUCACUUUUGUAUGACUGACAGUCAACUUUAAUUUGUUGAUUUUUAUGGCAAUUUAAUGUAUGUCACAAAUGUCAUUUACUUCCCCUUUUAAGGCAUAAUGUGCAAUAUGUUAUAUCAAAGGAGAAAAUGCAGGAAAUUUGUCUUGGUCUAGUACACAGCAUUAACUGUCAGACAGUGAAAACAUGGAAGCUACUGUGUUUUUCAAAUGAACUCAUGGCCUUGAAUGUCACAAAAACACAGGCCUCUCUACUGAAUUGCAAUCAUCAACACACAGAAAAAUAACGUUAACUACAUUAUAAUUAAUAACUACAUUUUAAUGAACAGAGAUAUGCUAAGAGGUCCCAAGAUCAUUCAUGAGAAUCAUCAUCAUUCAGCUUUUGAAGAUAUCGGAAGAUUGAGUCUAUGUUAUGUGACUAGGGUUUGUUGUCUGUAACAUUUUGCUUUGAAGCUGCUUUUGUAGAUGUGGAUCUGUUUUUUUGCCUUUCUACAUUAUGGAUCCUCUCCUUUGCUUUGCCUCAGGUUUGUGCUCUUUGUUUUGUUUUAAAAAAUCAGUCCUGAGUGUGUCCUUUUCAGUGUUUACUGUCACUGACAUUUACAAAGACGAGAUAUGCUGUGCAGUCCCUCUUAAGCACCUUGGGAUAACCCUCAUCUAGCACUCUGUAGCUUAUAGAUUUCAUAGGGGGGUGUGUGUGUG